AUGUUCGUUAACAUCAAAGACAUCGACGCUUAUCAAAAAGAACUCAGAAACGACCACAUCAUAAACAAAGAGCUCUCCAAUCUGGCCGGCAACCUUGCUUUGAAGUGCGGCCGGUUUCUUGCUGCGGCCUACGCGGCGCUAAUCACCACGAAAAAUAUUGAUUUUAACUCGCAUUUGGAGAUAAGGGAUGAAGCAAAAUUGGAAGAAAUUCCUCAACAGCAAUCCUCAACGCCCGCUGAAAUGUCAACCGAACAAUCCGAGAGCGCGCUUCAGGGCGAGACCCAGACAGCACCUGCCUUCGAUAUCACACAGCAAGCGACAACUCCAACUCCAACCACGCAGCGCGUGAAAAGUCCCAAGCAUGUGGCUGCUGGCAAAAUGGUUGCUGAAAGAACGCGGUUAGCCCGGGAACAACAGAAAAAAGCAACAGAGGCUUAUAUGGCGAACAACAAGGCGAAAGCCGCCACAGCGGCCCCUGAGCCAGCCCCGACUACAGAAGGCGAAAGCCCAAAGUGCAGCGGAGAAAAGAAUAGCAGCCUCAGCACCACCCAAUGGCUUGCUGUUGGCAGCAUAGUCGUUUCACUGGUCGGGAUUUGUUACAAACGUGAAGAGCUCAAGGCUAUGGCUGAGGCCGCAUUCGCCAAAAAAACGCCAGAGCCCACACCUGAACCCGCACCUGAGCCUGCACCUGAGCCCGCACCUGAGCCCGCACCUGAGCCCGCACCUGCUCGAGCGACACAGCCAAAGGAUUAA